UGUAUGUUGUCCUUUAUACUUCAUAUAUAUAUGUAUGAAUAUUACAGAGGUAUUAAGAAUCUACAUUGACUUACGCGGCAGAGUGGAAAAACACGAAUCCAAAAUAUGGCAAGUUCGUCAAGACAUGAAACAAACAAAGUUUGUUGUUAUGCACAUCCAGAUGCACCUCUUAUUGAAGAUUAUAGAGCUGGAGAUCAAAUUUGUUCAGAAUGUGGAUUAGUUGUAGGAGAUAGAGUAAUAGAUGUUGGUUCAGAAUGGAGAACAUUUAGCAAUGAAAAAGCUGGAGUUGAUCCAUCACGUGUUGGUGGUCCAGAAAAUCCUCUUCUUAAUGGUUCAGAUUUAUCCACAAUGAUUGGCCCUGGAACUGGUGCAGCAUCAUUUGAUGCUUUUGGUGCUUCAAAAUACCAAAAUAGACGUACAAUGAGCAGUUCUGAUAGAGCAUUAAUCAAUGCAUUUCGUGAAAUCAAUGGAAUGGCUGAUCGUAUUAAUUUACCUAAAACUAUUGUUGAUAGAGCAAAUAAUUUAUUUAAACAAGUACAUGAUGGUAAAAAUCUAAAAGGACGUGCAAAUGAUGCAAUUGCUUCUGCCUGUUUAUAUAUUGCCUGUAGACAAGAAGGUGUACCUCGUACUUUUAAAGAAAUUUGUGCAGUUAGCAAGAUAAGUAAAAAGGAAAUAGGAAGAUGUUUUAAAUUGAUUCUAAAAGCACUUGAAACUAGUGUAGAUCUCAUCACCACAGGAGACUUUAUGUCAAGAUUUUGUUCUAAUCUUGGACUUCCAAAUAUGGUACAAAGGGCUGCUACACAUAUUGCAAGAAAGGCUGUGGAAAUUGAUAUUGUACCUGGAAGAUCACCAAUUUCGGUAGCUGCUGCUGCAAUUUAUAUGGCAUCACAAGCAUCAGAAGAUAAACGAUCACAAAAAGAAAUUGGUGAUAUUGCUGGUGUAGCUGAUGUUACAAUUAGACAAUCAUAUAAAUUAAUGUAUCCUCAUGCAGGAAAAUUAUUUCCAGAAGAUUUCAGAUUUGCAACACCUAUUGAUCAAUUACCACAAAUGUAAAUUUAACAUGAAGCUUUCAAGCUGUAUAUUUUACCAUGUUGAAA